GAUCGCCGAGGCUCAAACAUUUACAUGUAACCCAAAGAAGAAAACAUUGUUUCUAACGAAACGCAUCUGUCCUUUCUGACCCGAUGCGCUUUCUGUUUCCCCUAUAUCAUCCCCUCUUCUGUUUUUCUUAUUCUUCUUCUUCUCCAUCCUUCUUCUCCAUCUCUCGUUCCCUUCUCUCUCCUUUUCUUUCUUCUUCUUCCUUUCUCAUGGCCCCACCUGCUGCCAUGGAAGCGCCAGAAGCUGCUCCAAGAAACGCAUUCACCAACGUUGCUUCUGCUGCUUCACACAUUUCUAGAGUCACUGUUGUGGGUAGUGGCAAUUGGGGUAGUGUGGCUGCUAAGCUUAUUGCUUCUAACACCCUCAAGCUUCCUUCUUUUCAUGAUGAAGUAAGAAUGUGGGUGUUCGAAGAGACAUUACCAACUGGUGAGAAGCUAACAGAUGUCAUUAACAGAACUAAUGAAAAUGUUAAAUAUCUCCCUGGUAUAAAGCUUGGAAAAAAUGUCAUUGCAGAUCCUGAUCUUGACAAUGCAGUGAGGGACGCAAACAUGUUGGUAUUUGUGACUCCACAUCAGUUUAUGGAGGGUAUAUGCAAGAGACUUGUUGGAAAGGUAAAGGAAGGUGUAGAGGCUAUUUCACUCAUCAAAGGAAUGGAGGUCAAAAUGGAAGGCCCUUGCAUGAUCUCAACUCUUAUAACUGAGCAGCUUGGUAUUAACUGUUCUGUGCUAAUGGGGGCAAAUAUUGCAAAUGAGAUUGCCGUUGAGAAAUUCAGUGAGGCGACAGUUGGAUACAGAACCAACAGAGAGAUAGCAGAGAAAUGGGUUCAGUUAUUUAGUACUCCUUACUUCAUGGUCACACCAGUCCAAGACGUAGAGGGAGUUGAACUCUGUGGGACCUUGAAGAAUGUUGUGGCGUUAGCAGCAGGUUUUGUUGAUGGUCUGGAAAUGGGAAAUAACACAAAGGCUGCAAUAAUGAGAAUUGGUCUGAGGGAGAUGAGAGCCUUCUCCAAGUUGUUGUUUUCAUCUGUUAAAGACAGCACUUUCUUCGAAAGCUGUGGAGUAGCUGAUGUCAUCACAACAUGCUUGGGAGGAAGAAACAGGAAAGUUGCUGAAGCCUUUGCAAAGAAUGGGGGGAAAAGGUCUUUUGAUGAGCUUGAGGCAGAGAUGUUGCAGGGCCAAAAACUACAGGGUGUCUCAACUGCAAGAGAGGUGUACGAAGUCUUGAGCCACCGUGGAUGGUUAGAGUUGUUUCCACUCUUUGCAACAGUGCAUGAGAUUUGUAUUGGGCGUCUUCCACCAUCAGCCAUAGUUGAAUAUAGCGAACACAAACCAAACUUCGCCUUGGUAGAGGGCUCAGCUGAAUAUUAUUGACUUUUCAUGAGGAUGAAACCAAUAUAGUAGACAUAUUCGAGGUAUAAAAUUUAGUAGGACCUUUCCUUAGAUUUUGAGUUCGGUUUUCCACUUCACGGUAACUUAGCUUCCAAGACAGCAAGACAGUUGAAUAGUCUGGAAUACAACUUGUUAGGAAGCUUCAAAGGUUGAAGUUGAAGGCAAGUAAAAUAAACAAUUUUUCAACAGUUUUAUAGUAUCUGGUUUUACUGUUGUACCGGAGUUUGUAGACAAACAUGUAAUAUUCAUGCAGAAUGAAUAAUAAUCUUCAGAUGUUGAAGUCCUACAUAUAUACAAGUUUGUUUUACUGUCUU